AACCCAGUCGGCCAACCUCCAACCAAAACACAAGGGAAAACCCUUGAAAACCCACGCUCAACCCAACCGCCCAAAAGAACAAGAAGGGGAAGAAGAAGAAACAACUCAGAGCUGAGCUUCAAUGGCGGCCAAGAACCAACAAACGCAAAAACCCAAAAAGAGAAAGCAAAUUUCCCACUCCAAAGUUGAGCGGGAUAGCUCGAAAUCCAAGAAGCCGAAGCUCCUUGCUUACAACCCAUCAAAUAACCCUCCAAACAAGCCAUUGAAGAAACCUUUCAAAUCACCCAAACAAAAACAAAAACACCCAAGUGAUUCAAAGUUUAAGAAAUCAGAUUCUGGGAAUGAAAAUAAAGAGCUCACAAAGCGAGAGCGUCGCCUCCAAGCCAAGGAAUUGGCAGAAGCUAGAAAGAAGAAGAGGAAGCCACAUUAUACUCUUGAACAAGAGCUUGCAUCUCUAUGGGAAAAGAUGAGGCGUCGGAAUAUCGCUAAAGAAGACAGAUCAAAGCUGAUAACUGAAGCUCUGCAAAAGAUGAAGGGAAAGAUUCCUGAAAUUGCCAGCUCUCAUGUUUCUUCUCGUGUUCUGCAGACUUGUGUUAAGUACUGUUCACAGACUGAAAGGGAUGCUGUAUUUGCGGAGCUUCUACCACAUCUUCUCACCCUUGCAUGCAAUACAUAUGCUGUGCAUCUGGUGAAGAAAAUGUUAGAUACUGCAUCUAAACCACAGCUGGCGGGGGUUAUCUCCUCUCUCCGGGGGCAUGUUGCUUCUCUUCUUCGGCAUAUGGUUGGAUCUGUAGUUAUUGAGCAUGCGUAUCAACUAGGAAAUGCCACUCAAAAACAAGAGCUUCUGAUGGAAUUAUAUUCUACUGAGCUGCAUCUGUUUAAGGACCUCACAUCCAUCAAAGAAAGCAGGUUAGUAGAUGUAAUUUCAAAGCUGUCCCUGCAGAAAUCUUCUGUUUUACGACACAUGAGUUCAGUGAUUCAACCAAUCCUUGAAAAAGGAAUAGUAGACCACUCAAUGAUACACAGGGUAUUAAUAGAGUAUUUGAGCAUAGCUGAUCAGUCCUCUGCUGCAGAUCUAAUUCAACAGCUCUCUGGUCCACUCCUUGUUCGUAUGAUCCAUACCCGGGAUGGAUCUAAGAUUGGGAUGCUUUGUGUCAAGCAUGGGAGUGCUAAGGAAAGAAAGAAAAUUAUCAAAGGAAUGAAAGGCCACAUAAGCAAGAUAGCUCAUGAUCAAUGUGGGUGUAUGGUACUCAUCUGCAUUUUUUCAAUGGUUGAUGACACAAAGCUUAUAACAAAGAUUGUUAUCCGUGAGCUUCAAACAACAUUGAAAGAGCUUGCUUUGGACAAGAGUGGAAGGCGCUUGUUGCUACAGUUGCUUCAUCCAAACUGUUCACGCUAUUUAAAUCCCAACGAUCUGGCCUCUUUGAAUUUAUCUGUUCCCUCUCUCAGUGCUAAGAAUGAGUCAGAAGUCCAAUCUGAGAAAAUUUCAAUGGAUGAAGAAUCUAGUAAGGAAGCAGCCAUGAGUGAUCCUGAUGUGACAACAACUGAGUCUGGUAAAAAUGAUACUCCUGAAGAAAACCUUUACUCAGCUGAGGGUGGGAAGAAGGACCCUUUCUUAAGGAGGAGGGAGUUGCUAGUCAGCAGUGGGCUUACUGAGAACCUUGUUGAUGUGUGCAUUGAGAAUGCAGGAGAAUUGCUUGCAUCAAAUUUUGGCAAAGAAGUAAUUUUUGAGGUUGCAAUGGGGGGUUCUGAUGGUAUUCUCCACCCAACAUUGGAUGAAAAGUUGAAUAACUUGCAUGAAGCUAUAGCAGCGCUUGUCGCAAAGCCUAAAUCUGAAGAAUCUGAGGAAGAACAUGUGCUUGAAAAUUUCCAUUCCAGUCGCACAAUAAGGAAACUAGUCUUAGACUGCCCUGCAUUUGCUUCCACAUUAUGGAAGAAAUCUUUGGAAGGAAAGUGUCAAUUGUGGGCCCAGGGUCACAGUUCCAAGGUAGUAUGUGCAUUUUGGGAAUCCUCAGACUCCAAGGUCCGUAAAAUGGCAAAAGAAGAGUUGCAGCCCUUGAUAGAUGGUGGUAUUCUCAAAAUCCCUGAAACUAAGCAAUCGGCAAAUGAAGGCUAGGUUGGCCUGUAACGGAAAGACAGAAAAUCUUGAUCAUUGAACAGAUGAUGUUGAUUGUACUGCAGCCAAGUUGAGUGAAUGAACAGACUCUGUAUUUAUAGUCCUGAAGGAAUUUAUGUAAUAUACAGAGCAACCGUAAGUUUUGUUAGCUAGCUGAAAUGCGGGGUUCAUGGCCAAGUCAAAGUCAAUAUCAAUGUCAAGAGCAGUUUCUUUUUUUCUUAUGGAUUUGGCAAAUUACAAAAUUACUCUAGAAUUUGGAAAGGGGGCCUAUUAUUAUCAAUUUAUCAUACAUUGAGUUGUUUUGCUUUUGAUUUCUAAUGCAUGAGCUUAU